ACUACCGCGCAGACUCACACACGGGAAGAGCUGUCUUCUCACAGAGGAUUUUCAAAGUCUGCUUACAAAGCUCUUAGGAGCUCAAAACCGCCAGUAAAGCUGUAUAAGCACCGGGUUGACGGGUCGGAAGGAAGUGGCGCAUCGUAUGGGGAGCUGCCUCCCGAACUCGCCAUGAGCUACAAACCCAUUGCUCCGGCGCCCUCUGGAUCCAACCUCACACCUCCAGGCUCCUCGGUGCCCUCCCCUUCCCUGCCCUCGUCAUCCAACUUUAGGCCGGCUUUUAGUGACUUUGGCCCCCCCUCCAUGGGCUUUGUUCAGCCUGUCAAAGUGUCUCAAGGGUCCACAUACAGUGAGCUUCUGUCCGUCAUCGAGGAGAUGAGCCGUGAGAUCAGGCCUACCUACGCUGGGAGCAAGAGUGCUAUGGAGAGGCUAAAGAGAGGUAUUAUCCACGCCCGAGCUCUGGUCAGGGAGUGUCUUGCAGAGACGGAGAGAAGCGCCCGCACAUAACCUUUUUCAAAGCUCCCUUCACUCCUCACUCUUUCCCGUAGAAGCCUGUCCUCAAGAUCCCCAACGUCUGUUUUACAACUUUUUUCCAUCCUCUGCUUUUUUGCUCUUUCCUCUGCGGCUUUUUAUAGUUGCAUUUUGUCCUUCUUGGCUCCACUGUUCCCUGCAUUCCACAAUACCAUUUAUGUUUAUCACAAACGUUCUGUGAACUGUAGGGUGUAUGCAAAAUGCAGGUUUGUAUCUAUUUUAAAUAGAAUUGUGGGGAAUUUAAACACAUUACUAAGUUGAGCCCUUGGUAAAAACCUUAGUAAGAUUGAUUGGAAUGUUUUAGUUUUAUUUAUUCAAUAAUGGCUAUUGACCAAGACAGAUGGGUUAGUUUUAAUGGUGGAAUCAAAGUUCCAGCUGCACCCCGUCUCAAGUUUCUAUGCUGACCGUCACUCUGCAUCCACUGUAUAUGUUUUGUUAAUCUGAACAUCCUUAAUAUACCGCAUUUCCAUCCACAUUGCAUUGUUUUUUUGUAGUGUAAACACACAUUAGAUGUUUUUCAAUCCCAAGAACGCUGUACAUCUCAAGUCAAUUUGUUAGUAUGGAAAUUUUGUAAACCAGAUUUUUGCAGUUCUGUAUGUAUAUCUUAAUUAAAUAACUGAAAAAAAAACACCUUCAAUUUAUUUUUCAUUUGUGAACCAUAAUUAAUAAGAAUGAAUGGGUCGUUUUUGGUUUUGGUUACACUGAUGUAUUGUGCAGACAUCUUCAAAUCAUUUGAGUGAAGUCCUUCAGGGUAUUGAGCAAUGAAUAGACUCCAUUAAUGAAAGCAGCAAUGUGAGAGCUCCGAAAACUUUUAAAUUCUACUUGUGCAAAUGUUUUUAACAAUUUCUCUAAAUAUUUUGAACAUCUUUUACUGCAGAAAAUGCUUGAACACUAAGAGGAUACUAAACGAGCACUAUUUUCCAAAUCAUGUGGCACAAAAUAUAGUAAAAGAAAAUACAGAGCCAUAGAUAAACCCACAUUUAUUUGUUGUUACAUAACCAUCUCACUAAAAUCUCACUUCAGAUUUCAGACGCCAUUAGUGCUUCACAUGAAGAGUAAUGAGUGGCUCUAUUAAAGCAAGUAAAGGAGCAGGUGAGGGGAGAGUCGGUAUUGACAAAAAAACAAUACAAUGGUAUAUUUAUUACAUAAAGGAAAUAAGUACAUAAGCGAAAGCAAAGAUAACAAGUCCUUGUGUGUUUUAUAAUUGUCACAGAACUCUGGGUUUCCCAGUUCCAUACACCAGGAGAUAAUGGCCUCCUGCUUAUUCCUGUGCUUCCGCUGUGGCCAAGAUGGAAGAGCAGGUGUGGCGGGGUAAAGCAGCAGAGUGCAUGAUCGGUACAUGAUGUCCCUUGUGCAAGAAAAAAAACUAUAUUCCUUGUUUCUUUGGAGGGGAGAACAUCUGGAAUUCCAUCGAAAUCUUUCCUGGUUGGAUUAUGGUUAUAUUAGAAAAAUCCAACAGCUCCGCACAUAUUUCAGAGAAAACAAGACAACAAAAUACAAUGUAACUACUUGUUUCUAAUACUGUGAAAAGUGUGUUUUUCUAUAUAAAUUGCAAUA